GCCGGCUACACUGUGCGAAAAUGGAAACAGAAGAAGAAAAAGAAGGAACACCACCGGGCCUUCUUCAGCUAGCAGGCUACAAUUUCACGUCGGGCUUUAGCUGGGUGUCACACAUUGUUAGUCACCGUAUUCUGAGAUGUACGAGAUUUCACGGUGCUACAAAGUGGAAGAUUGGAGGAGUUGAUAUACAUCUCAUCGUCCUGUGGGACAAAGAGCCUUCACUGAUUGAAGUGCCAUGGACAUCUGUGUCCAUGCCUGCAUAGAAACGUAGUGGCACAUUCAGGUUCAAAAGUUAUGCCGUCAGCAUACGGACAGAAUCGUUUUAUCAUGGAAAAACAGAUGGCUGUUAAUACUGUUGCUUCAGCGCAGUUGGCAGGUGAAGCCAGUGCUUUCAUCUGCACGGAAUGUGGUGAUGGAUUCAGUCAAUACUCCAAUAUAUUGGCCCACAUGACAAUUCAUGGGCCUUUGGAGUCAUUUUCCUUUGAUGGCUCAUCCAAUGGAUUUGAAAUCCCUCGGGAAUAUGUGCUUCAAGAAAAUGGAACUCUGAUCAUUGCAAAUGGUUUGGCUCAGUUGAAUUCUUUCAAUUCCUCAAAUUCUUCUGCAGCACCAAUUUCUCCUGAAAGAGUGUCAUCAAAUUUGCCAUCAGCCAUUAAGCCAGUUUCUACAACUCUGAACUCACAGCCCUCCUCGUACAAAGACACAUUCAGACCGCGGCCACCAGGCUUGAGCUCAGAUGAGUCUCAGCAGAACCGUUAUCGUUGUGAAAUAUGUAACCAAUCAUUUACCACCCCACUGAGUCUACACCGUCACCAGCAAUAUGGGAACUCUGAGAGGGGCUUGAAGUGUACUCUGUGCUGCAAGGUCUUUGAAGAUAAACACAACAUUAAGAAACACCUUCAAGACCACUUCAAUGAAAAAAUUAGCUUUUGUGGUCACUGUGGUAAACGAUUUCUUAAAAUUGAUGCGCUCAAUGCCCAUCAAAAAGAGAAUCACUCCAUGCCCAAGACUUUAGAUCAAAUGGAGUUCAAGGAAGAUAAAAAGUUGGAAAAGGCAUAUGCCUGUAACAAGUGCAAGCUAAUUUUCUUCUGGAUGUCAGACCUCCAGAUACAUUCCUUGUAUCAUUGCAAGGGACAGGAGCCUGACGUGGAGUUGGAAUCUGAUUUUGAAUUUGAAGACAAUUCAAGGAAUUCUGAAGAUGCGCAUCUUGUAAACUGCCACACAAAUGGUCCAUCCAAUGAUACUGAGAAUGGAAGCCGAAAAAUCUCAAAAGAUAAAAGUAUUGAAAAGAAUGGGCAACCCACAUUCACACCAUACAGAUGUGGUUUGUGCGGAGAUCGUUUUGAAAGGUUAGCGACUCUAAAGGAGCACCAUGUCACACAUCAAACUCAGGAAGAAAUAGAUAAGAUGAAUCAAGAAUAUCAAAAACCCAUUAAACGAGUUAUACCACCAAAUAGCAGCCGGAGAGGAUCUAAUCCAAAUGGAAAACUUCAUCCUUGUAAGCACUGUCAUCGAGUCUUUAAUCACUCUAGUAGUUUAUCCCGACACAUGAGAUAUCACAAGGGCACCAUGCACACUUGUAUAUUUUGUGGCAGACAUUUUCCACAGCGCUGUGAUUUAAGAAGACACGUGAUCAUGUACCACAAAACUGAAGGUUUGAAACUCUUGCACUCAAAUUCACAAAAUGGGCCUUCAUCUAAUUCGGUUGAUGAUGAGAAACAGGGUGACACUCCUGAGGACAACACCAAAGGCUCCUCAGACAAUGAACAGACUUCAGUAGAGCAAACUGGAAAAGCUGGCAGAGUUAACUACAAAUGUCAGGAGUGUGGAAAGAAAUUUGGACUUUUAUGUGUGUACCAACGACAUUUGCGCUAUCACAAGAAAGAGCCCACCAAGUGUCCUGUCGAGUUUAAGAACAACUCGUGCCUUGAGGUUCAUCUUCAAAAUCACCCAGGCACUGAGCAGGCAGAUGAUAAUAAUGGCGAUGGACAGAAAUCUACUAGCACUGGAAACAGUUUAGGUAUGGCACUCAAAAAAGAUAAUCCAAAAGACUCAGAGGAGGAUGCUAUGGACCAAAAACAAAAUGAGAAAGGAAGUUCCUUUGAUGCUCUUUAUGAAUGCACUGAGUGCACUGGGACAUUCUCAUGUUUGGACACAUUUCUUCAGCACCAGGCUUCUCAUAGUUCUGAAACUAAAGCUAACUAAUAGGAAACAGUAAGGUAUUGAUAGAGAGUCAACAAAAUACUUUUGUAUCAAAUGCACAACUAAAGUUGGGCAGACUACCACAUUUGCCUGUCCUGUAUAACAUACAAGUAUUUCUCCACCAACUUGCUGAGUGCAGUUCAGCUGGCUUCUUGCAUCUUGUAUUUUUCAGUGAUAUAUGUUAUAGUAUAGUUCUUUUUAUGGUGUUUUACUUACAUAAUGAGAUUUUAAGACUUUGUAAGUGUAUGCAUAUACUCAUCCUUUUGAAAGUAUGGCAUUGUCACACUUUAGACUGUCAUUAAAAUAAUUAAGAUAAAAUGCUUUAA